AGGAACCUCUCUGCUCGCCUUUGAUAACGGAGCCUCGUUUUGAAGAGAGAGAGAUAGAGAUAGAGAGAGGGAGAAAGAGAAAGAAAACAAACAACACCAACCAAUAGAAGCGACGGUUCUCUCUCUCCAUUUCUCUAUUUUCUCUCACUUUCGUCGGCUUUCUCUGGGUUGCUCAUUCGGGAGGAGUUUUGGUAUCCCGGCGAUGUCAAGCGGUGGCGCCAACUCCUGCAACGGAAGUCCCAGACUCGCCGGGCCAACCACCACCAGGCGACGCGUGGCGGAUAUGAUAGACGCCGAGAGAUCUUCCAACUUUUCAGACGUGUCUGAGGAAGAGGAUAACCCCAACGGUAACAAUGGCGAUCACCACCACCAUUGCCACCAUCCGUCAAUCCGUUAUUGGCUGCUUCGCAGGAGGAUAUUCUUCUUUGCGCCGGAAACGUGGCUGCUUAAGAUUGAGAACGGGUGUUCGUGGGCGGCGACGGCGGUGCAGUGGCUGAGAUCGGGGAGGCACUUGGGGCGGAGGAUUUUUGUAGGAUUAUUGUUGUUGGUUUUUUUAUCGGUGUUUGUGAAGUUUUCGCUUAUGAGUAGCCAUGUGGAGGCGAAUGGGAAGAGAGAGAAUGGGCUGUUGAUUAUACAGACGUUCAAGGAGGAUUGGGCAAUGGCGCAAAAAGUUCUGGCGGAGGAUGAGGCUUCGGAUGCUGUCAAACCCCUUCGAGUAUUGGAAAAGAUCCCGAUUCCUGAAAUUUGGAUGAAACCAAACAGUGAUAACUAUCACAAAUGCAUUACUAGACCAAGGAAUAGGAUACGGACUGGUUCAAAGACCAAUGGUUACCUGCUAGUUCAUGCCAAUGGUGGAUUGAAUCAAAUGAGAACAGGAAUAUGUGAUAUGGUUGCUGUUGCCAAGAUUAUGAAUGCCACUCUUGUUCUUCCUUCUCUUGAUCAUGAGUCCUUUUGGACAGACCCGAGUGAUUUUAAAGAUAUUUUUGACUGGAAGCGUUUCAUAGAGGUUUUAAACGAUGAUAUUGAGAUAGUUCCAUCUUUGCCACCGAAAUAUGCAGCAAUUAAGCCUCUUCAAAAGGCCCCGGUUUCCUGGUCAAAGGCUAGUUACUACAGAGGGGAGAUGCUCCUACUACUUAAGCGGCAUAAGGUAAUAAAAUUUACCCACACUGACUCACGACUUGCGAAUAAUGGCCUUGCAGCCUCAAUACAGAGGCUCAGGUGCCGUGCCAAUUAUGAGGCCCUCCGGUACAAAAAGGAGAUUGAGGAGCUUGGCAAGAUUUUGCUUGACCGACUUAAGAAAAACAAUGAACCAUAUAUUGCUCUUCAUUUAAGAUAUGAGCAAGACAUGCUUGCAUUCACUGGAUGCAGCCACAACCUUACCACAGAAGAGGCUGAGAAACUUAGAAUUAUGAGAUACAGUGUCAAGCAUUGGAAGGAGAAAGAGAUAGAUAGCAAAGAACGACGACUUCAAGGAGGAUGCCCAAUGUCCCCUAGAGAAGCAGCCUUGUUCCUUAAAGCCAUGGGGUACCCUUCAACUACAACCAUAUAUAUAGUUGCUGGAGAAAUCUAUGGCAGAAACAGCAUGGCUGCAUUCCGUUCAGAGUACCCAAAUGUCUUCACACACAACACUCUAGCAACGGAAGAAGAAUUGGAGCCCUUUAAGCCAUAUCAGAAUCGCCUUGCUGCUUUGGAUUACAUUUUGGCGCUAGAAAGUGAUGUCUUUGUUUACACAUAUGACGGAAAUAUGGCAAAGGCAGUGCAGGGGCAUAGGAGGUUUGAAGGUUUCCGAAAGACAAUCAACCCUGACAGGCAAAAUUUUGUGAGGCUGAUCGAUCAGUUAGAUGGAGGAGCUAUAUCAUGGGAAAUGUUUUCUCAGGAGGUGAAGAGUUUGCACACUAACCGGCUUGGAGCACCAUAUCUUAGACAGGCAGGAGAGUCACCAAGACUGGAGGAGAAUUUUUUUGCCAAUCCUUUUCCUGGCUGUGUUUGUAACAAGUCUCAGGAGCAAAUCAGUAGCCUAAAACUUUACCAGGGGCGCAGGCGAAGGGUUGUCUUGUAAAGAUAGGGUAGGGUCUUUGUUUUUAUGAGAAUAUCCGGCUCAGGCCUAGAACACACAAUACCCAUUGCUCCAGAGGGCGGCUUGUAUGGGUUUUGAAAGGACAGACUUUUUUACACAGCCAGGAGAUGAUAGCAGCAAACAGGGUCCAAAGAAGCUUGAAGGUUUCUUUUGAGAUUCAAAAACUACAAGUUUCAGUUUUGAUGUACAGACGGAGAAGGACCACAAGAGUGACUGGGGAAGCAACAGCAAUGUUAGAUACAAUUGAAGACAAAACAGGGCAGCAGGUACAUUGGCACGGAUACAUCAUCCCCUCAGAAAGUGGUCGUAUUUCAUUUAUUCAUUAUUCUUUCCUGUUUGGUUCGUUAAAAUCAAUUUGUCAAAUUGGGAUUCGGCUCUGAACUUGAAUCUACUUUCUGAUACAGAUCAUAAUGGGAAUUUUAUGUUCCAAAUGUUAUUGGCAAUUAGCAAAUACUUUCCCUC